GUGUGUCUGUGUGAUCUGCUUCUGCGUGUGUUCCGGUUUGUAUCUGUGACUUUCUAAAACAUUAACGAAGCAAAAUUCAAAGUGAUGGUGACUGAAUGAACACUGAGGCGUCCAGCCGUCUCCCCAUCAGCCUUAUGUCCGUCUUUUAUUAUCUAUUACAGUAAGCAGCGGGCUUCCGGCCUCUGACCAAUCACAGGACUGCUUCCUCCGACGUCGCGGCUCUUCCGUCAGUGAGGUCACAGUCAGCUGAUCGUCGGCUUCAGACGGACGCACAGUCAGACCAUGUUGUGUGUUUCGCUGUGUGUGUUGUUUCUCUCGGCUCUCAUCCUUGGCGGUCCGGCGGUCGACAGCCUGCGACGCUCUGAUGUACGGCGGCUGCAGCUGGACCCUGAAGUGCACAUGAACAUCUCGGAGAUCGUCCGGAGGUGGGGCUACCCUGCGGAGGAGCACGAGGUUCUGACGGAGGACGGCUACAUCCUGACGGUGAACCGGAUCCCCGGCGGGCUGAAACCAGCAGCAGCAGGUCCGAGGCCCGCCGUCCUGCUCCAACACGGCCUCCUGGCAGCCGGGUCCAACUGGAUCACCAACCUGCCCAACUGCAGUCUGGGAUACGUGCUGGCCGACGCCGGCUACGACGUCUGGAUGGGGAACAGCCGCGGAAACACCUGGUCCAGGAGGCACCGGCGCCUCAGCCCCGAGGAGGAGGAGUUCUGGAGGUUCAGCCAUGAUGAGAUGGCGCUGAAGGACCUGCCAGCGGUGGUGAACUACAUCCUGAAGGUGACGGAGCAGGAGCAGAUCUUCUACAUCGGACACUCACAGGGAACCACCAUCGCAUUCAUAGCGUUCUCCACGCUGCCGGAGCUCGCCAGUAAGAUCAAGCUGUUUGUGGGUUUGGCUCCCGUAGCGACCGUCGCCUUCACCAGCAGCCCCAUGACCAAACUGUCCAUCCUGCCCGAUGCCCUUAUAUGGGACCUGUUCGGGAGGCGGGACUUCCUGCCUCAGAGUCACAUGAUCGAGUGGUUUGCGGAGCACGUCUGUGGGAAGCACAGCGCGUUGUGUGGAAACCUUUUCUUCGUCCUCUGCGGCUUCGACGAGAAAAACCUCAACAUGACUCGGACUCCGGUCUACACGACCCACUGUCCUGCCGGGACCUCAGUCCAGAACAUGGUCCACUGGGCUCAGGCGGUUCACGGAGGGAAACUGACGGCGUUUGACUUUGGAGCUGCAGGAAACAUGAAGCACUACAACCAGUCCGUCCCCCCCCAGUACCACGUCCAGGACAUGAAGGUUCCCACCGCCCUGUUUUCAGGGGGACACGAUACGCUGGCGGACCCCAAGGACGUGGCGCUCCUCCUCACACAGGUGUCCAACCUGGUCUUCCACCAGCACAUCCAGCACUGGGAGCAUCUGGACUUCAUCUGGGGGCUGGACGCUCCCCAGCAGAUGUUCCCGUCCAUCCUGAGGCUGCUGCAGGAGCAUCGCUAGGCGUGCUGGGACCGCCGGCUCCAUCCCGCCCCGCAGAAGAACCGGCAGACCCAGUUUCAACCGCUUUACCUGUCAGAACCACGUUCAGUCGACUGAAAUCCUCGCCUCAGACUGAAACGAUCUUUUUAAACAUCGACUGCUUCAGAGGAAAACUGAACUUUAGGAAAAACGUCUUGUCGCUCAGAAUUCAGAUCAACAGCAGCAGCAAGUAACUAAGUACAUUUACUCGAGUACUGUACUCUGCAUUAGUUUCUCCACGUCGGGCUACUUUCUGCUUCAGCUUUUAUUAUUGAACUUUUAAAGAUGCAGGUUUAAAACAACAGAUAAUGUGAGAAACCUUUAAAAUACUAAACACAGACUUCACCUGGAGUUCCUCAUCUUAGUGUCCUUUUAAGGCCGUUUUAAUCUUUUUGAGGUUGUUGUGUGUCUCUGAGGUUGUUGUGUGUGUGUCUGAGGUUGUUGUGUGUCUCUGAGGUUGUUGUGUGUCUCUGAGGUUGUUGUGUGUCUCUUUGCGGUAGUUUUUAGUGUUUGAGGUUGCGUCGUGUCUACCUGGUUGUGAGGAGUUAUUUUAACAGCUGGUAAAAUCUGAAGCUCAUAUCCGAACAAAUAGUAAAAUCAAAAAUGGCCGCCGCUACAGCUCGUCCAUGUUCAGGGGCUCUAGUCCCCGAUGUGGAGGUCAUGAGUUCGAAUCCCACUCAUGAUCCUUUUCCGUAGGUCCUUCUCUCCAGCUGUCCUGUCAGUCUCUCUACUGCACUGUCACAUUUUAAAAAAGGCAAAAAGGCCAAAAAAUAAAUUUAAAACUAACAAAAUAAUCAUAAUAAUAAAAUCAAAGCUAAUGGAGGAAAACUGUCCCAAAAGCUAAAUGAUGAAAGAAAUGCCGCCAAGUAUUAACAACACACAUAACAGUUAAAUGUACCAAAUGUCUUAAGCGUGAAUGGGCUUUUAUUGUGGAAGGAUGUUUUUAGGAUGCAGUUCUGACUGUUGACUUGAAAAAUGAACACAUGAGCUGGAUUCAUGUGUUCACAGCUCAAGCUUGUGUUUUGGUGUUUGAACCGGAUCAGAGCUGGAGGUUUCAGAUCGACCCACCGAGUGUCUGCGUGUCCGUGUGCGUUCAACACGGGCCUUCAUGUGCAGAACAAUCACACCAACAGAACUCAGUGAAGGAGAAGACGAGGCGAAGACGCCGUCGCUGGUCUGAUGCUCUGAGCAGCUGGAUGCUGGUGGAACAUCUGGACGAGUUGCUCCUGUUGAACGAUCAGCUGCUUCUCCUUCGUCUCCUGUGAACUCUGUCUCCACAUUAAAACCACCGUUUGCUUCAA